AUGAACAAUAUAGGUCCCAAUCACCUUCAUACAGAUGGUGUCCACCUUAACAGAUCUUAUGGAACCCAAAUAUUCAUCAACAACAUCAAAUCUGCAGUCAUGAACCAAUUCCCACUCUUAGCCCAUCCAACCAAAAGAGGUACUACCUACCAAUUCCCACUCUCAACCCGUCCAACCAGAAGAGGUACUACCUACCAAUUCCCACUCUCAACCCGUCCAACCAGACGAGGUGUUACCUACCAAUUCCCACUCUCAGCCCGUCCAACCAGAAGAGGUACUACCUACCAAUUCCCACUCUCAACCCGUCCGACCAGAAGAGGUGCUACCUACCAAUUCCCACUCUCAACCCGUCCAACCAGAAGAGGUGCUACCUACCAAUUCCCACUCUCAGCCCGUCCAACCAGAAGAGGUGCUACCUACCAAUUCCCACUCGCAGCCCGUCCAACCAGAAGAGGUGCUACCUACCAAUUCCCACUCUCAACCCGUCCAACCAAAAGAUUCAGGAACAGCUACAGAGACAACCACAGAAAGUACUCUUUAGUUGAAUCAUUUAAUAAAGCUAUUGAAAUUGACGCAAAGAACAUCAAAUAUUAUCUACAAAGAUCGGCAACAUUCUGUGCCUUGAAACAAUAUCAAGCUCUCCAGAUUGAUGACACAAGUUCAUUGGCAUAUUUCAGGAAAGGUGUUGCAUUAUUCGAACUCAAGGAUGUCAAACAAUCAUUAAAGGCUUUUUUUGAAGGGGAAAAUCUUUCAGGUGAUCACACAGCUAAGUUUGAAAAGUGGAUUGACAAAUGUAAAGCCAGUAUUAUGGCCACCAUGAAUGUGAUAGAAGAAAAAGCAAAAAUUUUGAAGAUGAAAGGAAACGAGUGUUUUAAAACUAAAAAGUACACAAAUGCCAUCGAACUAUAUGAACAGGCUGUUAAAUUAGA